ACAGCCGAUGUCUUGUUCUGUUUUAGGAAGCAGUUGUGGCUGGUACCAAAGAUGCUUUGCUUACGUAGCAUUCUGGGAGGUCCCAGAGCAGUCCCUCAGAGGUGGACACUUCGGGCCACUCCGCCUAAUCUCCAGGCGUGGGCUUCGACUUGCAGUCCAGAGCCCGGGACUCGCACACAGGACGCCAAAGGCAAAGGGAGCUUGGAAGGCUUUCAUGCCAAGUUAGCCAAGGGACCCUCUUUGCAGCACUUCCUACACGGAGCUGCUCCUGCACAGAAGACCCUUUCUUGGCCCUCUGAAGUGGAGGAGGCCCCCGCAUCUCCUCAUGGCCUCAGCACCUGCUCCGAGCCACCAAGGAAAGUGUACCUAGAGACCUACGGCUGUCAGAUGAAUGUCAACGAUACAGAGAUUGCCUGGUCCAUCCUUCAGAAGAGCGGCUUCCUUCGGACGAGCAAACUGGAAGAGGCGGAUGUGGUUCUGCUUGUCACCUGUUCCAUCCGGGAGAAAGCUGAGCAGACGGUCUGGAACCGGUUGAAGACCCUAAAGGCGAUGAAGUCCAAGCGGCGUCGGUCACAAGGAACCCUACGGAUCGGGAUUUUAGGCUGCAUGGCCGAGCGGCUGAAGGAGAAGAUCUUGGACCAGGAGAAGAUCGUGGACAUUGUGGCAGGGCCGGACGCUUACCGUGACCUUCCUCGGCUCCUGGCGGUGGCCGAGACUGGCCAGCAAGCUGCCAACGUCCUGCUGUCCCUGGAUGAAACCUACGCAGACGUCCUGCCGGUCCAGACCGAUGCCAGUGCAACGUCAGCCUAUGUGUCCAUCAUGCGCGGCUGUGACAACAUGUGCAGCUACUGCAUCGUGCCGUUCACCCGUGGCCGCGAACGGAGCCGGCCCAUCGCCUCCAUCCUCCAGGAAGUACAGAUGCUUUCAGACCAGGGCGUGAAGGAGGUGACGCUCCUGGGUCAGAACGUCAACAGUUACCGGGACAUCUCCGAGGGCCAGUCUCUGAGCCCGGCAGCCCCGACCCGCCUGAGCCGAGGGUUCAGCACCAUCUAUAAGCCCAAGCAGGGCGGCUUGCGCUUUGCAGAGCUCCUGGAUCGUGUGUCUCGGGUCGACCCGGAGAUGAGGAUCCGGUUCACUUCCCCACACCCCAAGGACUUCCCGGAUGAGGUCUUCCAGCUCAUGCGUGAGAGGGACAACAUCUGUAAACAUCUGCAUCUCCCCAUCCAGAGCGGCAGCUCGCGGGUCCUGGAGGCCAUGAGGAGAGGGUAUACACGAGAAGCUUACUUGGAACUUGUUCAACACGUCCGGGAGUCUUUGCCAGGCAUCACCCUGAGCAGUGACAUCAUCGCCGGCUUCUGUGGGGAGACGGAGGCUGACCACCAGCAGACGGUGUCGCUGAUCCGAGACGUCCGCUACAACGCAGCCUUCAUCUUCGCUUACAGUGAGCGGCAGAAAACGCGGGCCUUUCACCGGCUGCAGGAUGAUGUGCCCCUGGAGGUGAAGCGCCGCAGGGUCAAGGAGCUGAUGACUGUGUUCCGGGAGGAGGCGUCCCGGGCCAACGCAGCUGCUGUGGGUCAGACCCACGUCAUUUUGGUGGAGGGUCCCAGCAGACGCUCCCCCUUGGACCUCUGCGGCAGGAAUGACGGCAACAUCAAAGUAAUCUUCCCCGAUACGGAGGUAGAUGAUGGCACUGGUCGGGGAGCCACCGUUGGCCUCAGGCCGGGCGACUACGUGCUGGUGAAGAUCUCUUCGGCCACCUCCCAGACACUGCAAGGCGUCCCCAUCCGUCGAACCACACUGAAGGAGUCGGGGGCAUUUUGCUGAUUUUUUUUUUUUUUGGCCGCCCGUGGAGGAGCUGAGGGGACGAGAAGCCAGCUUUCCCUUGUAAGAGGAACAGCAAAGGACUUGGAAACAGCCACCAGUGGGGCUCUCCUGCAUCCCCAGGCCUGAUCCUGGCCUCCCCCUGGCAGGACUGUGGUGGGCCAGGCUUCCACCCUGCACUUUGAGGGGUCACGAGUUUUCUGAAGCUGUUCUUGCCACGGUUGUGUAGACCUACACAGGUCUUUUCGCUGUAAGGAGGUCGUUGAUCCUGCUUGCAUAUUAUGGGCAGGGAUAGAGCCAUGCCCGGGGGCAGCUGGACCAACCCGGAGUAGCCGAGAGAGAGAGAGGCGGGAGUCAGAAGAAAGCGAUUCUUGCGCUUGUUCAAGGGGCCUGAUGGGAUUUACUGAGGAAGCUCUGAUUUCUUGAGUCCUUCCCCCACCCCCCAAAUGCCUGGCUUGCACCAAUGGGGUGGCGUCCAGAGCCCAUCCUGCAGUGACCUCUCCCUCUUUCCUGUCACCGGCGCACAGCUCCAGGGGCAUUGUUACGAGGCGUGGGCUGGCUUGGUUGACUGGGGACCUCCAGAUCCUCCAGAUUGGGUUGCUGGCCCCCACAAUUUCACACCCACUAGGCUGUGCCUGGCUGGGGAUGAUGAGCACUGGACUCACCUUUUGCCCACCCCCCUGCCCUCAGAGCAAUGUGUGUGGAUGGGAAGAGUCAAGAAUUCUUCCAGAACAUGCUUUGAAGGACUCGCCAUUUGGCCUGUUUGGGCCUCGGUAAGUCUGAACAGGGUUGCAACGAGACUCACGGCUGGGGAAAAAGUAAAAAAACUGUUGCCUCCAUUGACCCAGAUUCUGUAUGGACAAAUUCUGCAUGUCAUCAAAUAAAGAAAGCAGACGCGUC